GUGGGGCUGGUGAAUGGUAUGGUGGUGUGGCGGGUGGGUGGAAGUCUGUGGCUGUGGUUGGCGGCGGCAGGCAGCGUCAUCGCAUUGGCGGACAGUUGAAGGUUGAAGAUAAGGGAGCGCAAUCGCAUCGCAUCGCGUAGACGCCAGGAACGAAUAUCACAGCAAACCCCGACGGGGGGGAAACCAACAAUACCAACCAAGCUCGACGAACAAACUGAUGAUAUAGCUACCUAAUCCCACCACCCAGUUCAUCAACCACCACCCCCGUCAUCCACCCCAACCCACCAGUCCACCGAUCACCAUUCCCUCCCGUCCCCAAUCAUGAAGCCAAUACCCCUCCUCUCCACCAUCUUCCUCCUCCUAGGAAUAGCCUCAGCCUCCGCCCCAACUUUCUGCAAAUGCACCUGCUUCACAAACAGCACCAUCAUCCCCCUCGGCCCCCUCCACGACAACCCCCCCUCCCCCAACCCACCCCCCGGCUUCCUCUCCCCCCGAGCCUCCUCCUCCUCCUGCACCCAAUGUAACCGCGCCUUCUGCCUCAAAUACAACCUACCCAUCUGCAAAGACGCCGAAGAAAAAGACGUCGUCACCUCCUGUUUCCAGCGCGACAGCAACAAGGACAAGAUCAUAGUCUGGGGCUUCAUCCUCGGCACCGCCGGCCUGCUGAGCUGGGCGGGGGUAAAAAGGGUUAUUGACUCGAGAAUGGAAAGACAGAGGCAAGAACGUGGGAAUGAGGGGGGAAGGGGGAUAAUGGGGGUGAUAGGGGGGUUGGUUUCCGGUGGGAAUGCCCAGAGAGGGGAAAAUAUUGGUGGAGGGGGGCUCACGAGGAGAGGUACUGGUGGAGGAGGAGGCGAAGGGCAGGGGACGUACAGUCCUUUGGGGGAGGGCGGUGGUGCACGAUGAAGGAGAUGUGUAAUAGGAGAUGGAUGCCAUGAUGCGACGCGGUGUUUUUGGCGUUUGAACGGGAAUACAACUUGGGUUUGGCUCUGUUAAAAGGAAUACAUAUCAUACGACGACGUGUUAUGGCCUUAAUGGACAACUG